AAAGAUUUCAACAUUAUCGCGUGUUAAAUAUACAUAUAUUAUUUAUAUUUUAUAAUUUUAAAUUUUGCACGCUUUUUAGAACACGGCACAUGCACAGCGCAUGCUCGUGUCGCUGCAUUUUGUCGUAAACAGAUUUUCUAACCUAUAAAAUUGUUAAAUUCAACGAUUAAUAUCUCAAUUCGCGGGACAAAGCGACACUUUUUUUGUCAGAUUCGAUCGUUUCGUACAAAAACGCGUCGAAUGAGAUUAAUUUUGUCUAAAAAUUGGAGGUGGUAGCAGUAUACUGGGUAGUAGUUACCUUUGUGGUAUUGUUCAUUUCGUUUUGUGUUUGUUAAUUUUGUCGCAUGGUCACGAUUCACGAUACCAUUCACGUUAGAAACGUUGCUUUUGCGAAUCUACGCGAAAGAUGUUUGAAUUUUGUUAAAGUUAUAUGCAAACGAAACCAUAGAAGAAUGAGGCAAACGAGUUAAGAAAAUAUUGCAAGUUUUAUAGGUUAUUUUUCACCCUACACAUGGAUUUACUCGUGGUAUCCACUUUGAGUUGUAUUUUGGACGUCGUCGCACCGUUUUUCAUUAGAUUUAUUUUAUCAUAUGUGCUUGUGCAAAAGAGAUAUGAUGUUGAAUUACGGAAGGAGCUGAACAAUUUGAAAGAAGGUAUGGCAAGACUCUCCAUGGUGGAUGAGUUUGCCAAAUAUGUUAAGCUCCAACGUCAAUGCAAUCAUGUGGAAAAUGUCUUAAAAGAAAAUGUGAAUCGACGACUGAAAUGGAGAUUGAAGGUGCAGAUGUCACUAAUUUAUAGCGUUCGUGCUUUGAACGGUAUCUUAAUCGUAUGGUUAUUGUAUAUGUAUAAAAAUGAGCCAGUUAUCAUUCUCUCAGAGGAUGUACUAUGGCCAAUGCAGGAUUUUUUGAAUUGGCCAUGCCAGCGUGAGAAUGCUAUUUCUCUAGCAGUAUGGUUAGUCAUCACUCGAUUAGGAAUAUUGGCGUGCAAAAAGCUUCAUAUGUGAUCUAAUAAAUUUUCAUGUAAACGAUUAAUCUGUAUCUUAUACAAUCGAUAAAAAAAAUAAUUAAGAGUACUUUGUAUCACUUAAGGAGAGCUCUCUAUUAUACGUGCUCUCUAUUGAAUGUCUAAUUCAUUGAACGAUCUAGCGAAAGAUAAUAAACGUGAAUUUCGGAAUAA